UUAUAGAAAAAAGAUAAAACCUUCGAGCAGCGACGUCAGAGUACCUAUAUCUUUCUACUUUGAGUCAACAUAAGAUUAUAUACGAAGAAAGUAGUAAAAUGCUAUUAAUUUUUUAUUAAUUGAUGUGCACUACCUCGAAGAAAAUUGUUUGGUCACGGAUCACAUUUGUCGACCAUUUUUAUACAAUAUCUUUUUCUGCGAUCAAACAAAACUGAAUAUUUAUGAGCAACAUAUCGUAAUAUCGGGACCAAUGCGAAUGCUGUCGACAUAAAAUAUUUGUGCAUGUACAGAUGUACUGUGCCGAUGUAUAAAUUUAACUGAGAGACUAUCAAAAGAGUAGCUCGAUAUAAUUUUUGACAUGAACAUUACGUCCAGUAUAGGAAAAGGGCGAUCGAUACCAUCGUGAGAUGUCGUGAGAAUGUUUGAAGAUGGCAGAAGGUCUGUGGCUCCGACGUUUAUUUUUCGAGUAGCGAUAUAAAGUAGCGAUAAUUAGCAAAACGUCAAUCAGCAACAAACUCGAACUAUGUCACUUGACAAACAAAGAGCUUCAGAAACAAAGAAAAAAGUUUCUUCCGCGCGAAACUCCGAUUUUGCCAAAUAAAAGAUCGGCCGGAGUAGAAGAGAAAAUAGAAAAGUGAAAAUAAAAUGCCGAAAGGAAGUCCAGGAAAGGAUAGCAGCGAGAAUAUUCAGUUGGAGCCUUUGUCUAGGACGCCUAGGCGACAUGAAUCUACCGAUCCUGCUGAAAUAGACGCGAAGGCACCGUUAAGACAUGCCGCAAGAAAAACCUGCGAUUCAGGAGAUAGCAGCGCAGGAUUGCACAGACGUAACUUUUACGAGCGCGCAAAUGAAGUCGUUAGAUGUUCUGAGAGAAAGACUUACUGCGUACUUUGUGUUUGCUGCCUGGUACUUCUUGUCACAGCACUUAUCAUCGCCUUGGCGCCUUUGCGAACUGGCUGCGUUUGUUCCGAAGAAGACUCGAGUAAAAUUACGGAUGACGAAAAGGACACCGUGCCUCGGAUGGAGAAUGGAGAGGUGUUUCCAUGGGAUAACAUAAGAUUACCUGCCUUCGCACAUCCUACUAGGUACAAUAUUACCAUGCAUCCAAAUCUUACCACCUUAGAAUUUAGAGGACGAGUCACAAUUGAAUUCUAUGUUGAUGAAGAGACCAAAUUUAUCGUCUUCCAUAGUAAAAACUUGACAAUAAAGGAGCAAAUAGUGAAAGAGGGUCAAGAAGAACUGAAAAUUGCGAAAUUACUCGAGUAUCCGAAGCGCGAGCAGUUAUAUCUGGAAUUGGAAGAUUCAUCGUUUCGGAAAAAGAAUAAUUACACACUAUUUUUGAGUUUUAAUUCGACGUUAAAUUCUACUGAACUUAAAGGGUUCUAUUUUAGCAGUUACACUACGCCUGAAGGAGACUACAGAUAUUUGGCUACAACUCGUUUCGAACCAACAUACGCGCGCAUGGCCUUUCCAUGUUUCGAUGAACCACAAUUUAAAGCUAAAUUUAAGAUAUCAAUAUAUAGAGAUAGAUUUCACAUUGCGUUAUGUAAUAUGCCUGCGAUAAAUACAGAGGAGGCUGGAUUUUAUUUGGGUACAAAUCUCCUACGCGACGAUUUUCAAGAAUCUGUAGACAUGUCAACGUACUUGGUGGCUUUUGUGGUAUGCGAUUUUAAAAGAGUUUUCGAACUAACAAAGAGAAACACAUCUGUAAGUGUGUAUGCCGCAUCGCAUACGCUUCCGCAUAUGGUAUAUGCCACGACCACUGCUACUCGUAUUAUGGAUUACUUUGAAUCUUUCUUUGGCAUACCUUAUCCUUUGCCAAAGCAAGAUAUAAUAGCAAUUCCUGAUUUUGAACCCGUUGCUAUGGAGAAUUGGGGCCUAAUUACUAUUCGAGAAUCGUUUUUAAUGUACGACCCAAAAGAAACACCUACCGAAAUACAAGAAUAUAUAGCCGUUAUUAUGGCUCACGAAUUAGCUCAUCAAUGGUUCGGCAAUCUCGUGACAAUGAAAUGGUGGAAUGAUCUGUGGCUGAAUGAAGGUGCUGCGACGUUCUUUGAAUACAAAGGCGUGAAUCAUAUUUUUCCUGAAUGGGGCAUGAUGGAUUUGUUCAUAUUACACAAAACGCAACGAGCACUCGAGCUCGAUGCACUAGCCAAUAGUCACCCUGUAAGCGUAUUCGUCGAAAACCCCAUUGAGAUAGAAAGCAUAUUCGAUACGGUUAGCUAUUACAAAGGUGCUUCCGUCCUCUAUAUGUUGGAAGUAGUUUUAUGCGCGUGUGCUUUUCAAAGCGGACUAAAUGAUUAUCUAAAUACGCACGCAUAUGGAAAUACGGAGACCAAUGAUCUGUGGGAGGUCCUCACAAAACAUUCUAAAAAUUCAUCUGUUAGUACAGAACUUGAUGUGAAAAUUAUAAUGAACACUUGGAUCCAACAAAUGGGCUUCCCACUUGUUACCAUCAUUCGUGAAGACAGUACUAUCACAGCGACUCAAAAAAGGUUCCUUGCUUCACCUCGAGAAGGAGCAAAUACUUCGCGUCCAAAGUCACCCUUUGACUACAAGUGGUACAUCCCGUUGCACUGUUAUACAGACAAGGAUGACUCGACAGAAUCUUAUAUGGAAGUGUGGAUGAAUAUGACCGAUGCAACUUUCGACAUAUCGAGCGAUGUCGAUUACAUCAAAUGCAACAUCAACCAAACUGGCUUUUAUCGUGUAAAUUACCCGAAAGAAAUGUGGACUUCGAUCAUUAAAACUCUGAUAAAGAAUCAUACCAAGUUCAGUCCGGCAGAUCGGGCGAAUCUCAUCGACGAUGCAUUUGCGCUUUGCGAUGCGGGUGAGGUGGAUGCUUCAAUCCCGUUAGAACUUUCGCUUUACCUCGUCAACGAAAGAGAUUAUGCGCCAUGGGCGACCGUACUUCGGUAUUUGAACUUUUGGAAGGGCAGACUGGCAGAAAGCGUAGCGUAUAAAAAAUAUACCUUAUUCUUUAAACAACUAAUGGGUCCAAUUACAAGAUACAUUGGUUUGACGGAUGAAGGCUCUCACUUGAAAAAGUUAUUGAGAACAGCAGUACUAAAAUCUGCUGUUGAAUUAGAAAUGGAUGAUGUAGUGAAAUCUGCAAGAAGUCUUUUUCAAGAUUGGAUAUCGAAAGAUACACGCAUCGCACCCAAUAUACGGAAAAUCGUUUAUAUGGCAGGUAUCAAGUUCGGAGAGGAGACUGACUGGCAGCAUUGCUGGCAGGUUUAUCUUAAAACACAAAUCCAGAGUGAAAAAUUAUUAAUGUUGCAAGCUUUAGGCUCGACGAUGGAUCCUUGGUUACUUAAACGUUAUCUUCGACUAUCACUGAAUCGAAAUCUGCUUAAAGCGCAAGAAGUUAAUACUAUCAUAACGUCCGUUGCUGCCAAUCCACACGGACAUUAUCUCGCUUGGCGUCACAUUAAAGCUUAUUGGCCGCAAAUAGAAGCUUUAUAUGUAAAUGAAUCGUUCUCGAUAAGCAAUCUCAUACUUAGCGUUGUUCCUGACUACUUCAUUACAGAAUAUGAUUAUCGCGAAGUUUCGGAGUUCUUCAAGCAACGCGACGUUCGCAGCGCUAACCGCACGCUACAGCAAAGCAUAGAAAUGAUAAAAUUCAACAUUCACUGGGUAAAAAUAAAUGCAAAAAGCGUAAAUGAUUGGCUCACUACAUAUUUCACGGAAGUGAAUGCAAGUUAACCUUCGAUCGUUAGGAAUGAACUGGUCAAAAUGAAUUGAAAUUUAACCGUACAUUCAAUUGUACACAUUAUGGCUAAUUUUUCUACAAUUCUUAUUCGUACACCUUUAAGAAAUACGUGAUACAAAUUGCGAAAAGUGAGAUUCUCAAUUAUUUAAAAAGCAAAAAGAAUCUCAAAUGUCAUCUAGGUAUAAAUUUAUCGAUCAAAAGUCAACCAUUUUUGUUAGUUUCAUUAUAGGAAGUCGUUUCCGCAGGCAAAUUGAAUUUAAAAAACGAUAACUCUUCAACGAGUUUAAAUCAUAUUUCUUUAGAAAGGCGCUUAAACUUAUCCUGUAUAAAAUUUAUUAUAAUUUGCUUGCCGGAAAGGAUUCUCUAAUAAGUCUAUAAGAGAGAAGCCGAAUUGUUUAUAUGUAAUACAUUAUACACCGAUUUAUACACACUUUUGAAAGUAUUUAUUUAACAUGCACGCGGUGCGUGCCAAUCGAAUCAUUAAGUGUAAAAAGACAUAACGAGAGUAAAGACAUCAUUGUUCUUAGGAUAGUCGUUGAUAUUCGGCAGAUAAGAACUAACGACAUACGCCUAUUGGCAUUAAAAGACCGACUUUUAGCAAUGUAAGUUUAAUUUUAAUCGGUUUAACUUACUAUUUAUCUUUUUGUCCUAAGUAUUAGAAAAAGAUAAACCGAGAUAAAGUUUAUCUUACAUUGGUGAAGUCUGGCUGGUGAAGUCUCUCGAGUUUGCUACAUUUUAAUGUAACAAAAAAAGAUAAAAUCAUUUUCACGCCAUGUCCAAACCCUACAUUUUUUACUCAUUACAGUACUUUAUCACUACAAUAUUACUUUAACAGGGAGAGUCGAGCUUGCGACAAAGUCGAAGAAAACGCUGAUUACAUAUUAUAUUAUUCACGUACGUCCUAUGCAUAAGUCUGCGACGUAGCAGAUAUUUAGAGGUAAUAGAAUUAUUAUCAUGAUUGUAUGAGCAAUCGUUCGACACAUUUAAGUAGCAUAUCAGUGUAUGACAAAGAGAGGCAUAAUACGCUAAAUCUCUCGGGUCUAUGCCAUUAGCACCGUCCAGAGAGAUAUGGCGGCGUUAAAGAUAAAUUCGGUUGCGAGAGCCAAGUGGAUAUAUGUCAAAUUAAUUGUAAUUAAAAAAUCGAUGUAUAUCAUGUGUAUCGCAUAUUCGUGUUCGCUAAAGGUUCGCUGGAUGCGCAGGACACGUCUUGUAUGGGAUUGUUCUCCAUGCGAAGUAUAAAUAGAGAAUUGAAUAUUUUAUUAUGAGAAAAUAAAUAAAUUUGUAUAAUCUA